UUGGCCUUUGUCUCCAAUUCUUUUCUCCUCGCUCUUUCUCCAGAGACCCUGAUGGACACGAAGUGGGUGACCUCUGAGUUGGCAUGGACAACUCACCCAGAGACAGGGUGGGAAGAAGUCAGUGGUUAUGAUGAGGCCAUGAACCCCAUCCGCACGUACCAGGUGUGCAACGUGCGGGAGGCCAACCAGAACAACUGGCUGCGCACUAAGUUCAUCCAGCGCCAGGACGUCCAGCGUGUCUACGUGGAGCUGAAGUUCACUGUGCGGGACUGCAACAGCAUCCCAAAUAUCCCUGGCUCCUGCAAGGAGACCUUCAACCUCUUCUACUAUGAGUCGGAUACAGAUUCUGCUUCUGCAAAUAGCCCUUUCUGGAUGGAGAACCCCUAUAUCAAAGUGGAUACAAUUGCCCCAGAUGAGAGCUUCUCCAAGCUGGAGUCUGGACGUGUGAACACCAAGGUGCGCAGCUUUGGCCCUCUCUCUAAGAAUGGCUUUUACCUGGCCUUCCAGGACCUGGGAGCCUGCAUGUCCCUCAUCUCUGUCCGGGCUUUCUACAAGAAAUGCUCCAACACCAUUGCUGGCUUUGCUAUCUUCCCGGAGACUUUAACAGGGGCUGAGCCCACCUCUCUGGUCAUCGCACCAGGCACCUGCAUCCCCAACGCUGUGGAGGUGUCUGUACCCCUGAAGCUGUACUGCAAUGGUGAUGGCGAAUGGAUGGUACCUGUGGGAGCCUGUACGUGUGCCGCUGGAUACGAGCCAACCAUGAAGGAUACCCAGUGCCAAGCAUGUGGGCCAGGAACCUUCAAGUCAAAGCAGGGGGAAGGUCCCUGCUCUCCCUGCCCUCCCAACAGCCGGACCACCUCAGGAGCAGCAACAGUCUGCACGUGUCGAAAUGGCUUUUUCCGGGCAGACACAGACUCUGCAGACAGUGCCUGCACCAGCGUACCCUCUGCCCCCCGCAGCGUCAUCUCCAACGUGAAUGAGACCUCUCUAGUGCUGGAGUGGAGCGAGCCACAGGACACGGGCGGGCGGGAGGACCUGCUCUACAACGUCAUCUGCAAGAAGUGCAGCGUGGAGCGGCGCCUGUGCACCCGCUGCGACGACAACGUGGAGUUCGUGCCGCGCCAGCUCGGCCUCACCGAGCGCCGCAUCUACAUCAGCAACCUGAUGGCCCACACCCAGUACACCUUUGAGAUUCAGGCUGUGAACGGCAUCUCCAACAAGAGCCCUUACUCUCCCCAUUUUGCCUCUGUCAACAUCACCACCAACCAGGCAGCCCCGUCUGCCGUGCCUACAAUGCACCUGCACAGCAGCACUGGCAACAGCAUGACACUAUCGUGGACUCCCCCUGAGAGACCCAAUGGCAUCAUUCUUGACUACGAGAUCAAGUACUCAGAGAAGCAAGGCCAGAGUGAUGGCAUCGCCAACACAGUCACCAGCCAGAAGAACUCGGUGCGGCUGGAUGGGCUGAAGGCCAAUGCUCGGUACAUGGUGCAGGUCCGGGCACGCACAGUGGCCGGGUAUGGCCGCUACAGCCUCCCCACAGAGUUUCAGACAACUUCAGAGGAUGGCUCCACCAGCAAGACUUUCCAGGAGCUGCCUCUGAUUGUGGGUUCAGCCACUGCAGGGCUGCUGUUCGUCAUCGUUGUGGUGAUCAUUGCUAUCGUCUGCUUCAGGAAAGGGAUGGUUACUGAACACCUCCUCUCGUCUCCUUUGGGCAGGAAGCAACGCAACAGCACAGACCCUGAGUACACAGAGAAGCUGCAGCAAUAUGUUGCCCCUGGGAUGAAGGUCUACAUUGAUCCCUUCACCUAUGAAGACCCCAAUGAAGCCGUCCGGGAAUUUGCCAAAGAGAUUGACAUCUCCUGUGUCAAAAUCGAGGAGGUCAUUGGAGCAGGGGAGUUCGGCGAGGUGUGCCGCGGGCGCUUGAAGCUGCCCGGUCGUCGUGAGAUCUUUGUGGCCAUCAAGACGCUGAAGGUGGGUUACACAGAGCGGCAGCGGCGGGACUUCCUGAGUGAGGCCAGCAUCAUGGGCCAGUUUGACCACCCCAACAUCAUCCACCUCGAGGGUGUGGUGACCAAGAGCCGCCCCGUCAUGAUCAUCACGGAAUUCAUGGAAAACUGUGCACUUGACUCCUUCCUGCGGCUGAAUGAUGGGCAGUUCACAGUCAUCCAGCUGGUGGGAAUGCUGCGAGGCAUUGCUGCCGGCAUGAAGUACCUUUCAGAGAUGAACUAUGUGCACCGGGAUCUGGCUGCCCGCAACAUCCUGGUCAACAGCAACUUGGUCUGCAAAGUGUCUGACUUUGGGCUCUCUCGCUUCCUGGAGGAUGACCCAACUGACCCCACCUACACCAGCUCCCUGGGGGGCAAGAUCCCGAUCAGAUGGACAGCUCCUGAGGCCAUUGCCUAUCGCAAAUUCACUUCAGCCAGCGACGUGUGGAGCUAUGGCAUCGUGAUGUGGGAAGUGAUGUCCUAUGGGGAGCGACCCUACUGGGACAUGUCCAACCAGGAUGUGAUCAAUGCAGUGGAGCAGGAUUACCGCCUGCCACCUCCCAUGGACUGCCCCACGGCACUGCACCAGCUGAUGUUGGAUUGUUGGGUGCGGGACCGCAACCUGCGGCCCAAGUUUGCACAGAUUGUCAACACGCUGGACAAGCUCAUCCGCAAUGCUGCCAGCUUGAAAGUCAUCGCCAGUGUCCAGUCUGGCAUCUCGCAGCCACUCCUGGACCGCACUGUCCCAGAUUACACCACCUUCACCACUGUGGGAGACUGGCUGGAUGCCAUCAAAAUGGGAAGGUACAAGGAGAACUUUGUUAACGCUGGCUUUGCCUCCUUCGACCUGGUGGCACAGAUGACUGCAGAAGACCUGCUGAGGAUAGGGGUGACACUAGCAGGGCACCAGAAGAAGAUCCUGAGCAGCAUUCAGGACAUGAGGCUGCAGAUGAACCAGACACUCCCAGUGCAGGUUUGA